AUGAAUUUGUCUGAUUCCAAGGACAAGCAGUCCGUCCCUAAAUUCAGCAGCUUCAAACCGCCCCCGCCGGCCUCUGACGGGCGAGCGCAUUCCGUCCACCGCCAUCGCAGCACUCGUGAGCCUGAGUCUGAUCGCUCCAAGCACAGCAGUCAUCGCGAUCGCUCUGAGUCGAUACGACGAUCAGACAGGGCAGACCGCGAGAAAUAUCAUGAGCGCAGCUAUAGUUCACGUCGCCAUCGCCAUGAACCUUCCGACCGUCGUCACCAAUCGACUACACAUUCCCAGUCCAGCGAGCACCGUUCCUCUAGCUUGAACCUUCGACCCACCGGAACCAUCCAAGCCAGCAAGCCAUCGCUCGAGUCUUCUACUCAAACUGGACAGUAUGAAAGAAGUGAACAACAAGCGGCGCCAUCCUUGACUUUGCCCUUCUUCAUUGAUCUCAAAGCUGACGAAGGCAUCCGCAAGUAUGGGAUUAGCAACAAAUGGGACAUUCCAAAUUACCGUCGAUCCGGCGGAGGCUAUGUCCUUGGGAUGGGACUAACUCAUAAGAUUGACCGUGAUCAGUCAAUGGGAGAUUAUGUGGUUCUGCGCCCAGCAGCUCAAGCAGACUCUUCGAGGAAAAUGGUGUCUAAAACCCCCCUCUCCGAGGUAUCUAAGCUGCCGCCUCCCGAGUUUCGGAUUGCCCUCAAAGGGCAUUCUCAGCUAGAUUCGAAUGCCGAUUAUGUUUCAUUUGACACAGAUGACUGGGAUCCAGAGACAGAGACCGAUCGAGAACGGGCCGAAGCCAUCGACCUCGACGCCGAACGAAAAGCCCGUAGCGCAAUUCUUUGGAAAGCAGUUCAAGAUAGCCCCGAGGAUGUUGGCGCUUGGCUCCGUUUACUUGACCAUCAGGAUAUGUUAAUUCUUGGGCCACGGGACGAAUCUCAUAGCCUAACGAGAGACGAAAGACACAGCCUUGCAGAUGUGAAGCUGUCUUUGUGUGAAAAAGCUCUUGGAAAGAUUGGCGAAAGCCCCCACAGAGAUCGUCUUCUGCUCGAGAGAUUACAGACUGGGGCGCAACUCUGGAGUUCGCAAAAAUUGUCGGAACAAUGGAAAGCAACCCUACAUAAAAACCCGCAGUUUAUCAACUUGUGGGUGAAAUAUCUUGACUUUUCGCAAACAGACUCACCAGACUUCACGUUCCAACACUGCCUAGCUACCCAUAAGGAAUGCUUGAGAAUUGUCGCGUCUGCAUCUUUGGCGGACUCUAGCGUUCAAACAUAUGUAUUCAUUCGCCUCACGAUCCUGUACAGAGAGGCUGGCUAUUACGAGAUUGCUAUUGGUCUCUGGCAGGCUGUAUUGGAAUUCUGCUGUUUGAAACCAGCUUCGAUUGAUAGUGUGGAUGUCGCGUUGGGCUUGUUCCGCGAGUUUUGGGAGACAGAGUCGCCUCGGAUUGGAGAAGAAGGCGCAAAGGGCUGGAAUAGUGAACAGAAACCCGACGUUGACCCCAUAAAAACCGAGUAUUCGACCCAAUUGGACUCUUCCUCAAUUCUGCAGUCUUGGACAGAAGCCGAGAGGGAGCGGAUGGGCAAAUGCCGAAAUCCAGCUCGCAGUCUAGAUGGGUCAGAUUCUAAGAUCGACGAUCCGUACCGAGUCGUUCUCUUUUCUGAUCUCGCUGAAAUUUUACCUCUAUUUGGAGGCUUCACCAACUCAGAUGAGUUGAUUGAUGCCUUUUUGUACUUCAGCCAAUUACCACACCUAGCAUCUCCCAGCAAUCUCCAAUCCACUCGGCUAUGGAGUGGAGAUAACUUCUUGCGCAAUGAGUUUGUUGAGGAUAAUCGUUUCGACAUCCGUUGUUGGCAGCCUCCUUAUGUGAAACAAGAUGACAAUUCGCCAUUCAAGGAAAUCGAAUACCCAGUUGAUGAGCAAGACGAGUGCAGGCCAGCUCUGCCGUUCUCUUAUCCCCUUCAAAACUAUCUACACAGCACCGAAACCUUCUUCGCCGAUCCAACCCAAUGGUUCUACUCAUUUCAAUGGUGGGGUGAAUCUUGCUCAGUACAGCUACAGCCCGAAAGACGCGAAUGGGCCCAGCGCACCUUACAACUUUUUAUCGGUAGGCACCCGGAGGAUGAAGAAUUGGCUGAGUAUUCUCUAGCUUUCGAAUUCACUUGUAAUCCCGUCAUGGCAAAAAAGAUGGCAAAGAGGCUGCUGAAAGAUAGAUCCUCUAUGUUAAGACUGUGGAACGCCUUGGCCAUGAUGGAGGCGAGAACCAAUAACAACGAAAAAGCAGUACAGAUAUGGACAACUGCUCUCGCAACCAGCUUCAAGUGGAAGGAGCCCGCGAAACAAAUCCAACGGAGCAUCCUUUGGCAAUCUUGGGUUUGGUAUUACAUUGAAAAAGGAGACGAUACGGCCGCGUCGUACAUCUUACACAGCAUCGCCGACGAAAAGAUAGAUCCGGCGAAGAUCCCACAAGUCGGCCAGCAGCCUCCAGUCUUCAGCCCGACCGAUACAGUCAGAGUCCAAAGACUUCUCAGUGCAUCUCAAGAAGAUGCCUUGUUCCUUAGGAAUCCCCACGCAUAUGUUGCAUCGAGCGACUGUAUCGCACUCAUUUACUAUCUAAUGGGUUGGCCCUUCAACACAGCCGCAGACAUAUAUGACAACGCCGUCUCAAAACUUAAGCAACUCCCCUCGGAACUCGAAGAUUUCAAAGCUUUCACAGCCGAACUCCUCCACCAAGCUCGUGCAAGACUCUUCUAUAGGCAUAUGCAUAGGGACCCCCAUAUGCGAACGUGGAAACCAGUGGAAUUCCGCGACAGGCUCAGAGAAAGCAUCACACUAUUUCCACAUAACACCAUGUUCUCGACGCUUUGCAUGUGGAAUGAAUCUCGGAUGCUCCGCAUCGACCGCCUUCGAAACCUAGAAAGUUUUACCACACAAGACUCCAACCAGCGGUAUCAGAUAGAUCACAUGGUAUCUACCGCGCUUCUACCCCAGACCAUCGCAAUUUCAACAUAUCUUCUCCCGAUCUGGGCCGAGAUAUCUACUCGUGGAAAUAACAGCGGCGAGUACUGGGUUGUACGUCCAUUGUUUGAGAAAGCUCUUGGCGAGGUCCUUAACCCCACUGAUUUUCGUGCGGGAGAUGCAGCUGUGCGGGCGCGCUUUGGUGAGAAUAGCGCCAGGUCCAACCUCACUAUCUGGAAGCUGUAUAUUCUUUAUGAAUUGUAUCGUGUGAAAGAUCUUGCAGCUGCCAAGUCUGUGUUUUUCCGCGCUAUUCAGGCCUGUCCGUGGUCCAAGGAAUUAAUCAUUUUUGCUUUCGAACAUCUCCGUGGUGACAUGCCGGACCUUUCUGGGGCCAUGGUUGGUAAGGUUGAAGGACUCAGUGUCGAGGAGCUUAGACGCUUGUUCCUCGUUCUGGAGGAACGGCAGCUAAGGUUGCACUUGAACAUCAAGGACGAGCUCGUAAGCCAAGCUGCCGAAGGGCUUCAGGCUGAUGAGGAGAUGGAAGAUGCUCCGGCAAUGGAGACUUAA